ACCGGUUUUUUGGCGCAAACACAAGCCUAGCCUAGCCUUAUUGAGUUCUUUCUCUGCAACCAAAACCCUCUCUCUCUCUCUCUCUGUAAAAGCCCAAACUAAGCUAUUUUCUCUUCCUAAAGUGGCACUGCUCUGUAAUUCUUCAACCUUUCGAGACCAAUUAAGAUUGGCUUCGAAUUUGAAUUCGAAUUCAAUAAACUAUGGCUCUAUUCUUGAGUUGUGCUAACGGUAACCAUCGGCCUACUUCGUCUUAUGCCAAUGGCUUGGUGUGUUGUGACGUUUGUGGGAAAGUUCUCCAUGAAGAUUUGUACACUGACGAACCUUCGUUUGUUAAGGGUGCGGGAGGAGAGAGCAAAUUGUCAGGUAGCGUGGUAAGAUCCAUUCAAAGUGGCUAUUCAGAAUCAUUUAGGAGGACUUUAGAUAAAGGGAGAGAUAUGAUAGAAAGUAUCGUUACAACAUUUAAUAUAAGUGGUGGUGACUCUAUAGUUAAUCCAGCCUGUGCAUUUUAUCAGAUAGCUGUUGAACGGAAUUUUACUAGGGGGCGUAAAACAGAUCAAGUUGCAGCUGCUUGCCUUUAUAUUGCAUGUCGUGUAGCUAAAGACCCAAAACCGUUUCUUCUUAUUGAUUUUUCUGAGUAUUUGUCCAUAAAUGUUUAUGUGCUAGGUGCUGUAUUUUUGCAGCUUUGCCAACUUCUAAGCCUUGGAGAGCAUCCUACCAUUAUAAAACCUGUUGAUCCUUCCCUUUAUAUUUCUCGAUUUACAGAAAAAUUAUUAAAGCAAAGAAAUAUGAAGGUGUCUCAAACUGCAUUAUACCUUAUUGCCAGAAUGAAAAGAGACUGGAUGCAGACUGGCAGAAAACCUAGUGGGCUCUGUGGUGCAGCAUUAUAUAUCUCUGCUCUUUCUUAUGGGUACAGCUUUUCGAAGACUGACAUUGUAAAAAUUGUACAUAUUUGUGAAAUGACGUUGACAAAACGAUUGAUUGAAUUUGAGAAUACAGAUUCGGGGAGCUUGACGAUUGAGGAGUUAACCAAAAAUGCUGUAGAGCUAAAGGAGAGUGUACCAUCAGUUGGUGUGUCCCAAAAGGCGGGGGAAGUGCUUUGUGAACAUAAAAAUAGUGGGGCACCUCAUUUUGCCCAUGGACUUUGUAGAACUUGCUAUGACGCUUUUGUUAAACUUUCUGGAGGACUACAUGGUGGGUCAGAACCUCCUGCUUUCCAGCGUGCUGAAAAAGAGAGAAUAGCCAUGGAAUCUACUGACAAGGCAGAUGAAUCAAGUGUGCCUCAGCAAGAGAGUGAAAACAUUGAACAGGCAACUGAAUGUCAGUCCUAUUUCGGCAUGCCAACUUCCUCAAAAAAAACUUCCUUAUUGGUUGAGAAAGUCAAGUCUUUCACUGAAAACAGUCAAAAGGCAACUGAGAAUGAACAAUUGAACCAAAGGGAUUUCGCCGAAAACAGCCAAAAGGAAAAUGAGAAUGAACAAUUGAACCAAAGGGAGAAUGGAAGUAAUUCAGCUGCCACCGGAGAUCAGAUUGGAGUAGAUGGUGUUUCUGAUAAAUUUCAGAAAUCUAAGGAUACGAGUUCCAUCACUGAUGAUGAAUCAGAUGGACUUUCUGAUAUUGAUGAUGUUGAGGUUGAUGGCUACCUGAAUAAUGAUGAGGAGACACGUUAUAAGACAAUUAUAUGGGAAGAAAUGAACAAAGAGUAUCUUGAGGAACAAGCAGCAGCAGCUGCUGCUAAGAUGGAAGCUAGUCAGGUAGACUUAGAGAACUGUUCUGAUGAAUUACGAGCUGCACAUGAAUUAGCUGCAGCAGCUUCAGCAGCUGUGGCCAAGUCAAGAAAGGAGCGAAAACGAACACAAGAUUCGAAUGCCAAUCCUGCUCAAACAGCUGCAGAAGCGGCUCAUCAAAUGCUAAUCAAGAAGAGACUCAGUUCGAAAAUCAACUAUGACGUGUUGGAGACACUCUUCACCAACGAUCCACCAUCUGAUUCAAAUAAAAAGGCCAAAGCAUCAAAUGAUGAUGGUGAUGGUGAUGCCACAGGGCAAAGUGACGGUGAGAAAGAGCAUGAUGGGGACAUCACAGACAAUUAUGAUGAACCGGGACAAGGGUAUGAAGACAUGGAGCAGGAAAAUGACACAGGAAUAUAUAGCAAUGGACUGCACUAUGAAAAUGGAGAGGAUUUUGAUGACUUUAACUAUGAUAAUGGUGACGAUGAAUAUUGAAUCGAAAAGUAAUUGUGUUCGAAGAGGUAGUUCGUGGAAUGUUCUUUUGAAUUCUUUGAAGCCCUUGCGAAGAAAUUAUAAAAUCAAAUUGGAGGCCGACAAAGAAAGGAAAUUGAAAGAAAAAAGAAAUAAUAUUGUAGAAUUUAUUAAGGAAAGGCUUGAACUGGAUGUAAUACGGAUACCUAAUCUUGUGGAGCAAUUCUUCAAGAUACAAUUUGAAUUUAUAGCUUUCCUUUUCUAUUUCCUUUUAUUUUCCCCCAGUCCUGGGAUACAAAUCAACGUAUCUGGAGUUGUCUCUUCGGGCUGUA